GACUCAUUCUGAGACCAUAGAUGCUAAAGACAAUUGGUGGGGCUCGGAGCGCCAAGCUUAUAUCAGUGGGAAAAUCCAUGAUGGUAUGGAUGAUAGCCUUCUUGUUGAUGUUGACUAUUGGCCACCAGUUUUGGAUAAUCGCUCUCUGAUAGAAGGUGACUGUCUACCUGGCUGGGUUCUUGACCGCAAACGAUGCUACCGAUACAUGGGAGGAGCUUUGCCAUUUGAGGAAGCCAAAAGAUUUUGCCAG